AUGCUUCGCAGUAUCUGUCGCAGGGCAUCUCUUCCGACGAGCCGAAAUCAAAAACUUACUUUGUUUCCUUCCUCCACCUUGACGUUGUUGAAUAGCGAUAUUUACAAUUUCGCUGGACUUCUACAUCUACUACCCUCACCAAUUCUUCGUGGCAUAAGGGCAUCGGAACUUCUGGUCGGAGGUUCAACUACAUCAAAAGGCGCUUUGGCAGGACAACAACAUCCUGCAGAUCUUGUUCAUCCGUCAGCGAGUAAAAGUUCUCGUCGGCAACACGGUACCGCAAGAACCCGAGAAAGCCGCGGGCACGAAGAAGACCGCACAAGAUUUUCAUCAACUCGCACUCCUUUAUCAUUAUCCCACCAAAAGCGCACGAUGAGCAGCACUACGCGUGGGCCGGAUUUCCAGGCGAGCAAGGUGACGGAGCCGGAGUGGGAGAAAACUGCGAAGGAUCCAAAUGCGCUGCUGGUGGACGUCCGCACGCCGGAGGAGUUUGCGGAAAAGCAGGUGCCCAAUUCGGUCAACAUCUCUAUUCGGAUGACAGACGAUCCGAUCGCGGCCUUCAACGCCGCUAGUCAAUUGCUGCCUGCGGACGACAAGGCAAAGCCGAUUCUGGUCUACUGUGCGGUGGGUGGACGGUAUCCCAGGAAAAAAGUGAUACAGUUACACAUUUGUUGGAGUUUCUGCAUCACAAAGUUGCUCGACAUGCCAAAGCAAACCUGUGAUGCGCAGACUAUAAGGGAAAACACGAAUUAAAUGAGGCUGCCAAGCAUGUCCUGCAUGACAAAGGUUGCCUGUCUUGCUUGUUUCGCAACACAGUGUGUGACUGUAACACUUUUUUCUUCGCAUAGACGGGCGCAGAGGGCCGCGGACGCCUUGAGGGAACUCGGGUAGUCGCUACUUAUCGUUAAUAGGGAUAGGCAUUACAAAAGUAUCGCACUAGUAGAAAUAGCAUGACAAGUUCUUCCAGAAGGAAAAACGAAUGAUAAAUUUGUAUUGCUAUACGUGAAGCUAAGAAGCCAGAUCUGUCAUGCUGUAGUACUGCGAUGGCACAGACACGAUCGCUGAAAAAAUUGUUGAACAAAUGAAACCAGGUAUUCAAAUGUGAAGAAUGGCGGUGGGAUAUCAAAAGGAAAAAUCCCCCCUCCCCAUAUCAAAACGGAAAUCUGUAAUGCAGAUUUGUUGUCACAAAUCAGCUUUGUCAUGCUACACGGGAAAAGAUGCGGACUGUAGUGCUGGGUGGCGUGGCGAAGCCUUGCAUCUUCAGCAUGAGAGGAGGCAUCUGAGAGUGGGAAACAGCAUGACAAAUUGUCUGCAAACGAGGCAACGGCUGCGGCUCUUGGCCUUCUAGCAUGACAAAUCGAUUUGUGACCUCAAAUAAAGCAUCACAAAUUUCGUUUUCGAUAUGGGGAGGGGGGAUUUUUCCUUGCGAUAUGGGAUCGAUGAAGUGAAAGAAUUGGUUGUUGGAUGA